GUGUUGUAGGUCAGUAACGUGUUCGAAGUCAUGCGCUACCACCUCUUGAUUUUUCCUUCGACUUUCAGAUUGUCCUAAUCUCCGCCCACGUUUACUAAACUUCAAAAGAUGGUCAUGCAAUCACAAUUGAUCUAAAUAUCAUUUUUCAGCACGAAACAUCAAUGGCAAUAAAUGAAGAAAAUUUCAGUCGGUUACUUACUCAGCAAAUUUCUGAUAUUGAAGCUACUGAACAGGAAAUUAUUAUCCUGGAAAAAUAUAGAUCAGAUUAUGAGUCUGUUAGUAAUAAAAUUCAGGAGUUGCAAAAGUCUGUAUAUAAAGAUGCGUAUAUUCCAUUCAGUCGCAAAGCGCUUGUCCGUGGACGUUUAAUUCAUACAAAUGAACUAUUAGUGUAUCUUGGUGGGACUGAUGACUAUUUUGCUGAAUUAUCUGUCUACGAAACAGUUCAGUUGCUCAGUCGUCGUAUUAAACGGUUACAGAUAAAAUUAGAUGGAUUAUGUCAACAAAAAACACUGUUAAACGAUAGAAUCAAUUACACAAAACAAUUGGUCUCACAAAAGCUAGUUUCUAUACCGAAAGAUUCCUCCAGUUGUACUCGUGAUCAAGUUGUAGAAGGUAUUGAGGAUGAUAAAGAAAUUGAAAUUAGAGAAGAGUAUGAUUCUGAUGCUGAGAUUGAAUGGAGGAAAAAACAUAUAAAUAGUCGGAAACAGGAACGUAUUUCCCAUGCAUCAAGAUGUUCCCCAGUACUUACUACUCGUCGAGUGUCGUUUGAUUUAGUUGAGCAAGUGCUUGGAGAACAGUAUACUGAUUAUGAAAGUAUUUCUAAUUCCGAAUCUGAUUUUGAUGGCGAAAACUUGUCGACUAUACACUUUCAACAUUCAGACACACCUUCACCUAUUUCAAGAGAAACAGUAGUCGAUGUUUCCACUCUUACUGUUGCAGAAGCUGUCAAUUUCGCCCUCAAGAUUUGCGACACACACGGUAAAAAUAAAGUGUUCUCUGUAGAACCACUCGGUGAUAUUAGGGAACAGCAACCAAAUGUCUUAGCAAAAGCUGUCAAUUUUACCUCCGAAAUGUCCAGUACAAAUCAUCAAAACAAAAUGCUUCCAACAAAACCAUUUGGUGAUAUAAAUGAACGGCAACCAAAUGUCUCAGAUAAACCAGAUAUUCCUCCACCCAUCAUACCAAAUGAAAGAAAACGAUGUUCACUGUUCCGUUCUUCUCGUAUCAGAGAUUCCAAACCUGCAUAAAUUUGUCUGGCGUUGUGCUUUUGUAAUCAUUCACGAGAUUUCCUUUUUUAUAUUUUUCGAUUACCUAGGAUCAUGAUUUUAUUCACACUUUGUAUAUAUACUCAUCAGAUUCUUUGUUAAUAGUGUUUGUUGUAUGAAAUGCAAACACAUUGUUUUUGUGCACAUUUUAUCAUUAUUUUGUCGAAAAAGAUGGCUUGGUGAUUAAUAGCAUUCAACUUUCAA